GAUAACAAACCUUAAAACACAACAUCAAUUGUCCAGAUAAGAACGGCCAAACUGCUACUUCAGUCGUCAAAAGCAUGCACUGUUUAAUGUACGAGUAUGCGAGUGAACUCACAACUGAGGGCUUUUUUCUGGGAAUCCUAAUUGCAACAUUUCUUUCUUAAAAGAAAGCCAGAUGUAAACCAUAGAGCAAAAGAACAAUGCAGGGAGUACAAUAUUUAUUGCUUUACCUAUGCCUCAGUUUGGUUUGGCUCUGUGAGGGAAAAUCAAUAACUCAAGUCACUCAGCAAGAAGACAAGAAGUUUGCUCUGGAGGAUUACCUAGAGGAUCAAGACAACUUGGAAAGCUUUUUGGAGCCUAUGAAAGUAGACUUUCUGAAGAUGCUGAACUUGUCAGGGGUUCCAAUGGAACAGAGGAAAGUUCAGCCUCCUCCAUUUAUGAUGGAGUUAUACAACAAAUACGCGUCGGAUUUGUCUUCAGUUCCACGUUCUGAUGUUAUUCGUAGCUUUGUCAUACAGGACGUGACUCAGUCAGUUAUCAGUGAGAAUAAAUCUUCAUACAGGCUACUAUUCAAUGUUUCAAUCCCUAGCUACGAAGAAGUCAUUGUGGUCCAGCUCCGACUCUUCAUGCUGUGGCACAGAAGUCAAUCAGCCUGCGAUGACAGUUUUACUUCCAUUAACAUUUAUAACGUAGCACACAUGAAAAGCCAAGACAUAUUACACCUUCUGGACAGGAAGGACAUCAGUGACACAGAACACACAUGGAAGGCUUUUGAUGUAACAAGUGCCCUCCAGAGUUGGCUUCAAUCAAAGCAUGGAGCAGGUGAAUUGGAGGUUGAGGUGCAAAGUCGAGGCUGUGGGUCAUUCCAAGGGGGAGGCUACAAGAUCAGCCUGAAUUUGGAGGACAGCACCUCACCUGUUCUAAUCGUCUUUUCAAAUGACCUUGAGAACAGGAAGAGAAAAGCCAAAACCGAGGUACAAGAGAUGAUGACUCAUGAAGAAGAGAAAUUUUUAUUGCGCUUAGAUCCCUUGGAACACUAUAACACUGAGGUCCAAACGGAUCAGCAUCGAAGAAGAAAGAGAAAUGCACGUAAGAACUAUUGUCGGAGAACCUCACUUAAAGUGAAUUUCAAGGAUAUUGGAUGGGACAAGUGGAUUGUUGCACCCCCUGAGUAUGAUGCCUAUGAAUGUAAAGGUGUGUGCAGUUUUCCUCUUACAGAUGAUGUAACCCCUUCCAAACAUGCCAUCAUUCAAACUUUGGUGAAUCUGAGCAACCCCAAAAAAGCCAACAAAGCUUGUUGUGUUCCAACAAAGCUGGACCCCUUAACUGUCAUGUACCAAGAGAAUGGCAUUAUCACUGUAAGGCACCUUUAUGAGGAGAUGAAAGUGGCAAAAUGCGGCUGUAGGUAAUGAGAAAAAAGCUCUCUGCAUAAUCACGCUUGCACACUUGAUGGGCUUCAUACCUUCAAACUAGUACAUUAUCUGUAUGCUUGUAAAAAAUCAUUUUAAAAUUAUAUUUUCAAAUGUAAAAUGAAUUAAAUAUCAUUCAUACAUUCAUGUAUAGUUUAUAGCUUUAUCCUGUUAAUAAAAUUAAAACACUUAAAUAAUGAUAUUUUUUUAAAAUAAUUAAUUAAUAGUGUCAUAUUUAUGUAUUUAACACUGGCCUCAAAUGCCAUUCCAUACUUUUUUAAGUUAAUUUUUUAAAUUAAAAAUACAGUUACAUUUCAGCGUGGCAUAUUAUGGUUACAUCAAAUGGUCAGACAGUGGUGCUGGACUUACUGAUCCUCACAUGAGCUGAUAUUAUUCAUUCAUCUUCGGUGAGAUCUUUAUGCUGGUCAGGUUCAUGGUGGAUCCAGAGCCUUUCCCUGGAUACACCCUGGAAGUGGAAGGCCAGUCACACACCAUGCACACACAUUCACACACUCAUUCAUACCUAGGGGCAAUUUAGAGUACACAGUCCACUUACUGGCAUGUUUUUGGGAGGUGGGAAGAAACCGGAAACACGUGAGACAUUAUGUUUAUACGGACAAUAACCUGAGCUAAGGAUCGAACCAUACCACCUUAAAUUAAUCAUCCACUAUAUGAACGUAUCUUUAUUUACCUGUUGUUCUUUUAUUAAGACCCAUGAACACUUGCGUUUUAAAACAAAGAAUGCUAAAAAAAUUGUGUAUAUUUAAAUUCAUGAAUUUAUAUUUAAUACAUGAAAACGAAGUUUAAGAAACAUACAAAUAUAGAAUAUUAUUUGUACUUUUCCUUUAUUACGUAAUAGUAUGAAAUGAAAUGGUCACUUUAUGUGGUAGGAAAAGUGCCGGUGUGUAUUUGUGUUAUUCCGCGUGUAGUUUUCAGCUAAAAGAAGUUUGUUUCUAGAAACUGUGCUCUUUAUGUAAGUGUUUAGGCUUUACACCCAACACUAUUGCUCCCCGGAUAAUAUGUAGCUAGUGCCCUCUGCUGAAUAUUUUGGGGUUUUCCCCACAAGCUAAGAGGUGUACUGUCCUGAACUAACGCUGACUCUCAGAUGUUUGUCUCGUAUAUGAUUCUGUCGUGUUGUCAAAUACGUCUUUAUAAUAAAAUAAUAAUAUUUAA